AUGUUAAUAUUAGGCACCAUAUUUUUCUUUUCUAUAUCACUAAUCAAUUCUUCUGAACUUCCAUCAACUUCCACUCAAAUUGAUCCAAAUACAAUCUUCGUUUUAUUCGGAACACGACAUGGAAAUCGAAAUCCCGAAAAGUUUUUGCAAGAAAAUCCGAGAAGUUGGGGAUAUGAAGGAACUACUGAAUUGACAUCAUUUGGAAAAAGACAAGGUUAUGGAUUAGGAGUUGAGAUGAGGAAGUUUAUUGGAAAUUUGGUAAGAAAUCUAAGAAGCUUAAUCAUAUUCCAAUCUGAUUUUUAGACUUCCCGUAACUUCAACUCCACCGAAGCCAAAUACAUCUCAAGUUCAGCGAAUCGUUGUCAAAUGACCCUUCAAACAGUCACCGCCGCUCUUCACAUCCCUGAAAAAUGGGGAGAUUGGGACACAAAAACAAAUGAUCAUUGGUCCCCAGUUCCUUAUACAAUUGAUGAUCCAUUAUUACGAAUGUAUUCGGUGAAAGAAUGCACAAACAGUGAUAAAGUAUGGGCACCAAUUGAUAAUGAUGAGUUGGAUCAUUUGAAAGAGUUGAAACGAGAUAAUGCGAAAGAGUUGGAGUAUUUUCAAGCGAAUACGGGAUGGAAUAUGUCGAAUUUGGGAAAAGCUGCUGAUUUGGCUGAUAACUUGAUUGAAAUUGUGAGUUUGUUAAAAGGUUGGGGCUAGGAUGUGAUUCUUAGGCUUCUCAGGAUUAGGAUUGUCAAAUUUCACGAGUUCAGAAUUUUCUUAGCUGAGAUUUGUACAACAGUUAUUUUUCAAAAAAUUAUGCCACGUUGCAAAAAAUUUGAAUUUUCAAUUUUCAUUCCGAAAAUCUGAAUAUUUUUAAUGAUUCAAAACAUUUUUGAUCGGAAUUUUUUUCGAAAGCCUGAGUUUCCAAACUUCAAACACCUAAAAAACAUUUAAUCAGAAAAAUAACUCCAUAACAGACCUCCUACAGUUCAAAAAGGUGUAUAUUUUGCAGGAUCUCUACAAUGCCACAUACCCAGACUGGAUCGAACAUCCAUCACUUUCCGGUUACACCAGCGCCACUCUCAAAGCCAAAAUUCUCUCUUUCGGUAAGUUUCAGAGGUUGAUUUUCAUUGAUUCCAAGAUUUUUCAGCCGAGGUCCAUCAAAUCGCUUGCGCUGAUUAUUCGCCAUGUCGAUCUUUGAUGGCUGGAUUUUGGUUGAAUGAUUUGAUCACAAGAUUGGAGGCGGCAAAUUCAGGAAAUCCGCUGAAAAUUGUUGGAUACGCUUCGGUAAGUCAACACUUUGAAAUUAUUUUUGUGAUCUAUUAAAAAAAAAUGUUCCAGCACACUGAAGUCACAUUAGCUGUCAUGAAAUUAUUAGGAAUCGAAAAAGAGGAACUCACAACAUCUGCUGGUUUUGUAAUAGAAUUCAAAAAAGUUCCAAAUGCUUCUAUCAGAAUUCUGAAUCAUGAUCCAAAUCCAAUCGAUCAACAUGUUAUUUAUCCCUCAAUUUUGACUGAAGAUCUCCAAAAAAUCACCAGAAAAUCAGAUGGAUUUAUACCAUUGACAGAAUUCGUGGAAUUUGCAAAGAAGAGAGCAUUUUCAGAUUGGAGAUCAGAAUGUAGUGUUGUGACAAGUGAAAUUCGAGCGAGAAAAGCUGUUUGUCUUUUUCAAACAUCGCAAACAGUUUGA